AUGAUAAAAUGAAGUAUUAUGAUAUUUGAGUUGAAGAAUUUGGGUAAUUUGAAGUAGUUAGGUCUGUUUGAAAAAGUUCGAUAUUUGGCGGUGUAGAUUGUACCCGGUUAGUACGCGUCCGUAGCGCUGCAAACGCGUAGUCCGUACCGGAGACGUCUACCCUAUCGGACCGUCGUCGACCUCGAGGAUCGCAGAGUUCCCGGUGUACGGCAGGGCGAGAGAGAAAGGGGCGAAAGAGCGAGGAGAGGCGGACCCGAAAUGGGACAGGUCUUCGGCCGAGGGAGCCAGCGAGAGUGAAAUGCCAUGAAGGAGAUGGUCGGCGGGUGUUGUGUUUGCUCAGACGACCGCGGAUGGGCCGAGAACCCGCUCGUGUACUGCGACGGACCGGGGUGCACGGUCGCCGUACACCAAGCUUGUUAUGGAAUUGUGACAGUUCCGCUGGGCAAUUGGUACUGCAGAAAAUGUGAAACUGAGGAUAACACCAUUGAAGUUUUCUGCGAGCUUUGCCCAAACAGGGAGGGAGCGUUGAAGCCGACGGACAACGAUGCUUGGGCGCACGUCGUGUGCGCCCUUUACAUACCAGAAGUUCGUUUUGGCAACGUCACAACGAUGGAGCCUAUCAUAUUGGCCCAGAUACCGCAGGAGCGUUACAACAAGACGUGCUACAUAUGCGAAGAGGCGAACCGUGGCAGUAGUAGGUCGACGGUCGGCGCUUGCAUGCAGUGCAACAAGGCCGGUUGCAAACAGCAGUUCCACGUCACUUGCGCUCAGAGAGACGGCCUCUUAUGCGAAGAGGCUGGUAACUAUAUGGACAACGUCAAAUACUGUGGCUACUGCCACCACCACUACACUAAACUGUCUAUGUUGGGUAAACAGAAAAAAGGUGGAAAUGUCAAGUCGGUCCCACCAUACAGGCCGAUUGGGAAUGACUCGCCAGAGACUACACCUCCAAACAAGGAUCCAGAACCGACGAAGACGACUUCAAAGCGUAAAUUGACAGGUACUGGAUCGACAAAGGGCAACAAGACAAAUGCGACAAACCAGGAUGACCAGACAAACCAGGAGGACAACCUGAAGGAGCCCCCCGCCCCACUUCCCCAUAAUGUCACACAGGAGAAAACAUCAAACCUAAAGCGGAAAAAAGGAGGGAGCAGAACGCCACCUACUACGGGUCCUGCACUCAGCCCGGAUGCAUCACCGAGGCCGAUCACGCCGCAGAAUCCAACGGCCGUGUCUCAGUUGUCGUCGAUGAAUCCGGUGGUCGCGUUGACAGGGAUCAGCAUCCCCAGCAUGUCGGGCAGCGUGAGCACAACAACCAUUACGUCAACACUGCCGGGUCAGGUCUCGGCAGCGGCGCUCGUAGCUUCAACGCCAUCUGGCGGCUCUUCGGGUCCUUCAAGCGUCGUCGAAGCGAAACGACCUUCUCAAAGUGUUUUAAAAGAGACGAGACCGAAUUCAAUUGUCGUUAAUGUGCCUUUAGAGGUUGCUCUGCCAAACGCAGCACCGAGUGUACCGCCAGUGCCGACUGCAAGUCCCGUUUUAGUGGCAGAACCGAUUUCUCCUGUCGGUUCCAACUCAACUCUGAUGGAAGUGACGCCGGUGCAGUCACAACCACAUCCACCUGUAAAACGUGUCAGAUCUCAAUCUUCUGAGAAAUCGGAUAAGUCGUUGUCGAGGAGAUCUUCGAAGAGGAGUAGCGGUUCGUCGAGUUCUAAUUCGGCGAUCGUGAUUGGCAACAGCGGGAAGAUGUCGAACCACAUGUCCCUGAAGAAUGAAAGCCACUCGCACCACAGCAGUUCGCACAAUUCGCACAGUAUUCACCAUUCGAGUUCGAACCAUCACUCGUCCUCAAUCUUAACACAUGAAUCUCGAAACGAGAAAAAGAAGAUUACGAGUGGACUGAACAUUUCGACGACAUCGAACCACGUCCCGCCUGUGAGUGCGAUCAAGGAAGAGAAGGACAUAAAGAUCCUCGCGUCAAACGCGCCUCACAUGCUUGGCAACACACUCAACCCGGCGUCGUCAAUGGCGCAGAAGAUGUGCGACACGCUUUCCCAGGAGGUCGUGGCUCAUUCUAUAUUCUCGACAUCCGACCACUGUGGGAACCUACACCUUGUCGGGCCACAGAGAUCUGUUUCGAACGUGAACACGACUCCCUCGUCAGCAGGUUCGAACAAUUCAUUCUGGUCGAACAACUCGAUACCGCAGACUCUGGAGCAGCUGCUCGAACGACAAUGGGAACAGGGAUCUCAGUUCCUUAUGGAGCAGGCUCAACACUUUGACAUUGCUUCUUUGCUCUCAUGCCUUCACCAGCUGCGUGCUGAAAACGCCCAGCUUGAGGAGCAUGUCGCCACCCUCGUCGCACGACGGGAUCAGCUACUUGCCGUCAAUGCCAGGCUUGCCAUUCCAUUUACAACUGGCCUGCUUAUACCGACGACAAACACGAUGACAAACACGACAAACUCACAGGUCAAUUUACCAAAUGCACAACCAGUCGAAAACGGGAUUUCAAUCAGUUCACCGCACACUCAAGAGUUCAGGUCUAUAACGCGUACUCAGGGAAAUGGGCAGAAUUCCAUUACAUACCAGUGUACUGCGCAAAAUAGCGUAUUGGUGAGGACGAAUUCGACAGACGUGACGCGAAGGUCUUCACAAUCGCCAGCGAGUGGCGUGUUCAAUUCGACGUCCGUGACUCAACACCAGUCGCAGUCGCAGAUGAUAAGGCGUAGCGGCGAAUCGGCUUCAUCUGACGGCCAACACCAUUCCCAGUCGUCGCGUCAGCACAACUCGAACAGCUGAUCCGAGCGCCGUCCUACUCCGGCUCAACGAUACAUCAUACAGACAAGACGGGGGCAGAUACGCAAAGCCUGAACCGUCCGUUACCGUUGCAUGUUUCUUUUGUCUCCUUUUCAAAUUUAUUUUUUCCUUAUUCCUAAAAAUUUUUCUUUUCUUGCGUGCGCAUGGAAUCAUAAUGUUCUUACCGAUAGGGUGAGUCUUGCCACUAUUUACCGAGGUACAUCAUAUAUUUUUUUUAAAUCUUGAAAGCGUUUUUUAGUUUAAUUAUCAAUAUUUUAAAUAAACAGUUUAAUGUAUUUUGUUUUUCUUCUAUAUUAUUUGUGAUAACCAUAGAACAGUGUAUACAUGAAUGGGGUGGUAAGUUGUUUUCAAGUUACCAGGAGCAAAAAUCAUACCCUGUAUUUUUUUUUUUCUCCAAAAAUGAACUCUUAUAAGCAAAAAAACAAUAGGUCCAGUCUUUUUUCACCAUUUACUUGCAACGUAAUAUUGCCCUCUGUUCCCUUAUGGAUGUAAAUAUUGAUUUCUUUGUAUAUAGACUGUGUGCUUUGUGUAUAUGGAAAAAA